AUGCAAGAGGGGAGUGUUACGCAAACGCUGGAGAACAAAAAAGCAAUAGACGGAACGGCAAGCACGCUGAAUCCUGUUGUGGCUUCCGGUGACUACCGCAUCGCGGACCUGAAGUUAGCCUCCUGGGGUCGAGCCGACAUCUCGCUCUCUGAAUAUGAAAUGCCUGGGUUAAUGGAGCUUCGGCGUGAGUACGCUCCGCAGCAACCACUGCGGGGCUUGCGCGUGGCCGGCUCCCUACACAUGACAGUACAAACGGCUGUGUUGAUCGAGACGUUACGCGCGCUGGGUGCGGAACUCCGUUGGUGUUCCUGCAACAUUUUUAGUACUCAAGAUCAUGCUGCUGCAGCUGUUGUGGCGGCAGGUACUGCGCACGUCUUCGCUUGGAAAGGGGAAUCCUUAGACGAGUACUGGGAGUGCACGGAUCGAGCGCUCACGUGGGCCGACCAAGAGGGUCCCGAUCUCAUCGUUGACGACGGUGGCGAUAUGACGCUGCUUAUUCACGAGGGUUUCAAGGCAGAGAAGGAGUACUCGAGCACUGGAAAGUUGCCGGAUCCGGAAUCCACGACGAAUGCAGAGUUCAAGUGCGUUUUGCGUACUAUUCGCGAAUCAAUCCAGCGUGAUCCGACGCGUUUCCAGCGAAUCGCGAAUCGAGUCAUUGGUGUCUCUGAGGAGACGACAACCGGUGUGAAACGUCUCGUGCGAAUGGCACAAGAAGGCACGCUCCUUUUCCCAGCGAUCAAUGUGAACGACUCAGUCACCAAAUCCAAGUUCGAUAACAUCUACGGCUGUCGCCACUCGCUCAUAGAUGGCAUCGCCCGUGCAACGGACGUCAUGCUUGCAGGCAAAGUAUGCGUCGUCUGCGGGUUCGGCGACGUAGGCAAGGGCUGUGCAGAGGCACUGCGCGGCGCCGGAGCGCGGGUAUUCAUCACAGAAGUCGAUCCGAUCUGCGCCUUGCAGGCAUGUAUGCAAGGGUACACGGUGACAACCCUGGAAGAUGUUCUCGACAUUGCAGAUGUGGUGGUAACUGCCACCGGCAACCGUGACAUCGUGAUGAAGCACCACAUGGAGCGGAUGGCGUAUGCUCGGCGACCAGGAGGCGACCAGCCGCCGUCGGUGCCGAUCAUCUGCAACAUCGGGCAUUUCGAUAACGAAAUCGACUGGUCUGGACUCGUGUCGGAUCCGAGCAUUGAACGAGUCACCAUCAAACCGCAGGUCGACCGUUUCAUCUGGCCGCAUGGUGGCUCUGUCAUCAUCCUCGCGGAGGCUCGACUCGUGAACCUGGGCUGCGCCACAGGCCAUCCAUCGUUCGUGAUGUCGUGCUCGUUUGCGAACCAGACAAUGGCCCAGAUUGAACUUGCUGCGAAUCGGAACACGGGCAAGUACCAGAACUCGGUGUACGUACUACCGAAACAUCUGGACGAGAAGGUUGCUCGGCUCCAUUUGGCAAAACUUGGGGCGAAGCUUACCAAGCUCACACCAGAGCAGGCUGAGUAUAUUGGCGUGGAUAGCGACGGGCCGUACAAAUCAGCGGCAUAUCGCUACUGA